GCAAACUGCAAGCUGCAAUCAUUCAUUGCGAGUCUCGGACAUACCUAAAUUGUCAUUCCUAAUUUUACCGAGAACCACUUUUAUCAUAAUCGUAACUCGCAAUCAAUUUAUGUUUCAAUCUUAUUGUGUAGAAGAAUCUUGAUUUUACCCAUCAAUAAAAUUAUUUUAUUCGACAUCCGGUUAGAAGGUGUGCGCGAUCUUGCAAUCGACUUCGACUGCAGACAGGCCUGGUUCGACAACGAUGAAAAUGGCGUGGACACCUCAAGAAGAUGGUCUUCGACAAAUUUUACAACUUCUAAAAGAAUCUCAGUCGCCGGAUAAUGAAGUUCAGCGAUCAGUUCAACAAAAACUUGAAGAAUUAAAUAAAUUUCCAGACUUCAACAACUACCUAAUUUUUGUCCUGACCAAAUUAACAACUGAAGACGAACCCACUAGAUCACUCAGCGGACUGAUUCUGAAGAACAAUGUCAAGGCUCACUACAGCAAGUUCCAUCCGGAAGUGUCAGACUUUAUCAAGGCGGAGUGUCUGAGCGCGGUAGGAGAUCCUAGUCCUCUGAUAAGGGCUACUGUAGGCAUACUGAUAACAACCAUCGCAUCCAAGGGAGAGCUGGCGACAUGGCCGGAACUGCUACCUGCACUGUGCAACAUGCUCGACAAUCCAGACUACAAUUUUUGCGAGGGAGCGUUUGGUGCACUACAAAAAAUCUGUGAAGACUCGACCGAAUACCUUGACAGUGAUGCUUUGAAUAGGCCUCUAAAUAUUCUCAUCCCCAAGUUUUUACAAUUCUUCAAACACUCUAGUGCAAAAAUCAGGUCUCACGCCAUUGCUUGUGUCAACCAGUUCAUCAUAAUUCGUACACAAGCUUUAAUGCUCCAUAUUGACCUGUUCAUUGAAAAUCUUUUCCACUUGGCCUCGGAUGACGACUCAGAGGUGCGCAAGAACGUGUGUCGAGCUCUUGUCAUGCUCUUGGAAGUUCGGAUGGACCGACUUAUACCUCAUAUGCAUAACAUCGUCGAGUACAUGUUGAUGAGGACCCAAGACCCGGACGACGGCGUGGCUCUGGAGGCUUGUGAAUUCUGGCUGUCUUUGGCGGAACAGCCCAUCUGCAAGGAAGUACUGGCCCAACAUCUGCCCAGACUGGUGCCUGUGUUGGUACAUGGCAUGAAGUACUCGGAGAUAGACAUCAUACUGCUCAAGGGUGAUGUGGAAGAAGACGAGAUGGUGCCGGACAGAGAAGAGGAUAUUAGGCCUCGGUUUCACAAGUCUCGGACGCACACCAUCAAACACACAGAGAACGGAGAGGAGGAGGGGGACGACGAUGACGAUGGACUUGACGAUGAUAACUCUUUGUCUGACUGGAACCUGAGAAAGUGCAGUGCGGCAGCUUUGGACGUGUUGGCAAACGUGUUCCGGGACGAGCUUCUGCCAGUUCUUAUCCCCAUCCUGAAGGAGACUCUUUUCCAUCAGGAGUGGGAGAUUAAGGAGUCCGGCAUACUCGCUUUGGGCGCCAUUGCCGAAGGCUGCAUGCAAGGGAUGAUCCCCAACCUGCCAGAGCUGAUUCCGUACCUGAUCAGCUGUUUGUCCGACAAGAAGGCUCUAGUACGUGCCAUCACCUGCUGGACACUCUCACGCUACUCACACUGGGUCGUCAGCCAGGCCAACCAUGAGACUUACUUGAAACCACUCAUGACUGAGCUGCUCAAGAGAGUGCUGGACCCCAACAAGCGAGUGCAGGAGGCUGCGUGUUCUGCGUUUGCCACCUUAGAGGAAGAGGCCUGUACAGAACUGGUGCCUUACCUGGGCUUCAUCUUGGAGACAUUGGUGUUUGCCUUCAGCAAAUAUCAGCACAAGAACCUGUUGAUCCUCUACGACGCCAUUGGCACACUGGCUGACUCGGUGGGUCACCAUCUCAACAAACAAGAGUACAUCAACCUGCUGAUGCCCCCUCUCAUACAGAAGUGGAACGUGCUCAAGGACGAGGACAAGGAUCUCUUCCCUCUGCUGGAGUGCUUGUCCAGUGUCGCCACUGCACUACAGAGCGGGUUCCUACCUUACUGUGAACCUGUUUAUCGCAGAUGUGUCUCCCUGGUAGAGCAGACCUUACAACAACACAUUGCCAACUCAACCCACCCAGACCAGUUCGAUGCCCCUGAUAAGGACUUCAUGAUAGUGGCUCUGGAUCUGCUCUCAGGACUGGCAGAAGGCUUGGACGGCCACAUUGAGAAACUGGUCGUCAACUCCAACAUGAUGCAACUGCUCUACCAGUGUAUGCAGGACCCCACGCCCGAGGUGAGACAAAGUUCUUUCGCACUGCUGGGAGAUUUGACCAAGGCCUGCUUCCAGCAUGUUCACCCAUGUAUAGCUGACUUCAUUCCAAUCCUUGGACAAAACUUGAAUCCAGAGUUGAUAUCUGUUUGUAACAAUGCUACCUGGGCAAUUGGAGAAAUAUCAAUCAAACUAGGUGAGGAAAUGAGACCCUAUGUAGGAAUGGUUCUAGCUCAACUAACUGUGAUCAUCAACAAACCAAACACUCCGAAAACUCUACUGGAAAACACAGCCAUUACAAUUGGCCGGCUAGGUUAUGUCUGUCCUCAUGACGUCGCUCCCAUGUUGCACCAGUUUGUUCGACAGUGGUGCAUGUCCCUUCGUAACAUCCGGGACAAUGACGAGAAAGACUCAGCGUUCCGCGGGAUGUGCGCGAUGAUCACCGUCAACCCGGCCGGGAUCGUGCAAGAGUUCAUCUUCUUUUGUGACGCUGUAGCCUCGUGGGUCAAUCCCAAGGACGAUCUGAAGGAGAUGUUUACCAAGAUACUUCACAGUUUCAAAACGCAAGUGGGAGAAGAGAACUGGAAGCGGUUUGCUGACCAGUUCCCAGCCCAACUGCAUGAGCGGCUGUCCACCAUGUAUGGGGUCUGAAAGGCACAUGUCGGUGCCGUGGGGAACGGUGGGUGAAACCAUUGCCACCUCCAGGGGUCUCAUUUACAUGCUGGCAGCAGGGUGGG